AUGGUUCGGAAAGGCCAAGUUGUGGAAAGUCUGGCGACACACUCUAUGUCUUGGUCACUGUUGAAGAUGUUCGGAUCGACGCAAGUCGUUUUCGGAAAGACAGAAGCUAAUUCUGUCUUCUUUCGAGCUUUUCAGCCCACACCCGUCAGCUCGCCAAGUGCUUCGGCAAAAAAAAUCUUGCAGACUCAGCAUGCUGGGUACCCUGCACUGGCUCAAAAUAGCAAACCGUAUGAGCUCCUGCCAGAAGAAGCGCAACGUUUGAAAGACCUGCUUCUGGCAAAUGCCUCGCGCCAGCAACACUCUCGCUUCAACAUUUUUAAACUUAAGCGCGUGGUUAUUCCGCCCGUUCAGAUUCCACCAGAGCUAUCUACUCCGCACGCGAUGAAUAACAUUGUAGCUGGUUCAAGAAUUCCCGUGACGAAGACGAUGUCAAUGCGAUGCCGUGCGCGCAUGUUGCGGCGACUACCUCGCCGUAUUGAUGAGCAUGUCGCGUGGUAG